AGUUACCCAUUAACUUGUCCUUAUGGGAAGCAGCUUCAGAGCACACCUCGUUCAACCUUUGAACAAUAUUUCUCCAUUUUACAGACAAAGCAAAGGAAUAUGUAGUUAAGGCUGACGUGAAAUGUGAGAGUGGACAGACAGCAGGUGAACUCGCUGAAGCUAAAAGGAAACUACACAGACAGGUGAUCAGCCUCAUUUAACUGCAGCAAGAGGACACUGGCUCAUAUUUCAACUCAUACAUAUGGUGAUAAUGCUGCCACCAGCUUUCAUUUGUUACUGAACUGAUGAGUCCCCUGUCAACCAACCUUGCCACCUAGUGGAGCUCUGACGGUUUUACUCCCUCCUGGUCAACAGAUUUCUUCCAGACAACUACCUCCCUCAUCUGGGGAGAUGCCUGCCCUGCAACGUUUCCCCCAGAUCCCAUUUAUUUUUUACCUGCUGAAGACAAUACACCACUAACCAGCUUUGUACAUUACCAAACUUCAGUUACAGGAGUUCAAGAGUCUGCUGGAUCUUGUAGAAAGAGAAGCUCCCAAUUAGCAGGUCACAAAAAACUGACAUAUGUGUGAUAUACACCCAUGAUCCAUGGUUUCAUGCUAGAGUUAAUGGUGCCCCAAAGCAAGAGACAGGUCUCAUCCAACAGGAGGCAAACUGAGCCACACAGGAGAAGUCACACCUCAAAAAAGACUGCACAAACAAGAGCAAAGCCAGAUGGAACUAUCAUCAAAUAGGACACCCUCUACAGCUACACCAAUAGUAACACAAAAUGACACGUUGACAAGCCAGAGUGGGAAAUAUACCUCUCACAACUGGGAGUUCCUGGUGGCCGUCCUGGUCACAGCCAUCUCUGUCUCCAUUCUCAUCACCAUUCUGGCUAAAUGCCAGGUGGUUCGGCGUUACCUGGCCAGCUACAGGCACACACGGCUGAGGGAGACAGACACUGUUAACCAGUGCGACCCGUCAGAGCUGGAGGUGGAAUUUGCCAUGCAUGGGGGACGUGGAAUAAACCCUCACUGUAUCCCUCCUGUGAGCGAGGAGGAUGAUGAUGGCUUCAUUGAGGACAACUACAUCCCGGCCAGUGAGAGAGCGAGGGCUGAAAGAGCAGCGGAGAACAUGGAGGACACAAUGGAAGAGAUGGAUGAAAUUGAAUUUACCAUCACUUAGUAGGACUGUCUCUACACCUCCUCGGCUGUAUAAACCACCUUGAGACACCAAUUCUGCUCCCACCUUUUCUUUAUUGUUCUAUUGUUGUUGUUGUUUUUUUGAGUAAGUUUCAUAUUAUCAAUCAUGAAAUGGGUACUUGGUAAACAUUGGUUAAGUUCAGGAAAGCAUAAAACUGUAAAUACCAGUGCUCAAGAGCAUCGUAAUGUUAAGGCAGCACAGCAUUGCUUAAUGCAAGGUGCAUUAUUAUGACAGUAGCUCUCAAUGUGCAAUCUGAUCAUCCACAAAAGAGAAUUUCAGAAUAUACUGACGAUACAAUUGUAGUACAAUAAAUAUAAGUCAUUUUUGUCAUGCCUUAUUUGUCACUAUACUGACAACAGUAACAGUGAUAGUCAUAAUAUGUUUCUUAGUUAUAAGUGAUAAUCAAAGGAAUCAAAUUUUGGCAUGUAUGAGAGCUGUAAGACCGUGGUGAGGUGUGCUGUAGGUGUGACAGAGGAGUUCAAGGUGGAGGUGGGUCUGCAUCAAGGAUCGGCUCUGAGCCCCUUCUUGUUUGCUCUGGUGAUGGACAGGCUGACAGAUGAGGUUAGACAGGAAUCUCCAUGGACUAUGAUGUUUGCGGAUGACAUUGUGAUUUCUAGUGAGAAUGAAGCUUAGCCGCAGUAAGACAGAAUACAUGUGCGUCAAUGAGAGGGACCCAGGUGAAACGGUGAGGUUACAGGGAGCAGAGGUGAAGAAGGUGCAGGACUUUAAGUACUUAGGGUCAACGGUUCAGAGCAAUGGAGACUGUGGAAAAGAGGUGAAGAGGCAAGUGCAAGCAGGUUGGAACACUUGGAAAAGUGUCAGGUGUGUUGUGUGAUAAAAGAGUAUCAGCAAGAAUGAAAGGAAAGGUGUUCAAGACGGUGGUGAGACCAGCGAUGUUGUACAGCUUAGAGACAGUGGCACUGAAGAAAAGACAAGAGGCAGAGCUGGAGGUAGCAGAGCUUAAGAUGUUGAGGUUCUCUUUGGGAGUGACGAGGAUGGACAGGAUCAGGAAUGAGCAGAUCAGAGGGACAGCUCAUGUUAGAUGUUUCGGAGAUAAAGUCAGAGAGGCCAGAUUGAGGUGGUUUGGACAUGUUCAGAGGAGAGACUGUGAAUAUACUGGUAGAAGGAUGCUGAGGUUGUAGCUGCCAGGCAGGAGGUCUAGAGGAAGACCAAAGAGGAGAUUUAUGGAUGUAGUGAGAGAGGACAUGAAAUUAAUGGGUGUGAGUGAAGAGGAUGCAGAGGACAGGGUUAGAUGGAGGCACACGAUUCGCUGUGGCGACCCCUGAAAGGGAACAGCUGAAAGGAAAAGAAGAAAGGAAUCAAAUUUUGGCCUGACACAGCAAGGCUUUCUGGGGUUUUUCUUAAAAGAGUGAAAAAGAGAUCAAAGGGUCUUCUGUAAAUAUGAAUGUUAACCAAUCACAUUUGUAUCUGUUGACAGUUUUUGGCUGACUUUAUUGGUUGAUUGAUUAGUUGACUUGAUAGCACAGGUUAUGCAAAAUAUCUCUGUGUGCUUCAGACCGUUGUGCUGAAUGUAAACAGGAACAUUUCACUUUGCACUGUCAUGUUUUGUUAGCAACACAUUAGCAAAGGUGUUGAUGCAAUAUGCAUGGAUGUAUAAUAUGCUUGGAGACCAAUGUGGCCUUUAAUUAAAAGCUUUUUCAAAUGUU